GUGGAUUUUUGCCUUGAUCUGAUUGGGACACCAGAAUCCGGCUGGAUACUGCUCUCAGGCUGUGGCGUGGUAAAUGUAAGGCUGCUUCGCACUGCAGCCCUUCAGGCAAGGAGCAAUUCUGGAGAGAAAGCAUGCCAAGAUACACGGUGCACGUCCGAGGGGAAUGGCUGGCAGUGCCGUGCCUCAACGGUGCUAACACAGUCGGAUGGCUGGGAAGGGAAGCUGUGAGACGGUACAUGAAAAACAAGCCCGAUAACGGAGGAUUUACAUCGGUGGAAGAAGUAAAAUUUUAUGUUCGAAGGUGCAAGGGUCUUGGCUUGCUGGAUCUUGAUGACACAGUGGAGGAUGCCCUAGAGGACAAUGAAUUUGUUGAAGUUGUUAUAGAAGGAGACAUAAUGUCUCCAGAUUUCAUACCGUCUCAGCCGGAAGGAGUUCAUUUAUAUAGCAAAUACCGAGAACCAGAACAGUAUAUUUCUUUAGAUGGCAACAGCUUAACAACGGAGGAUCUGGUCAGUUUGGGAAAGGGGCUCUACAAGAUAAAGCUCACACCUGAAGCUGAAGCUAAAGUCAAACGAUCACGAGAAGUAAUUGAAAGGAUUGUAAAGGAACAGAAAGUUGUUUAUGGAAUCACCACAGGGUUUGGGAAGUUUGCCAGAACUGUCAUUCCAAACAGUAAACUUAUGGAGCUUCAAGUGAACCUGGUUCGUUCACAUUCUGCAGGUGUGGGGAAACCUUUGACCCCCGAGAGGUCUCGCAUGCUGUUGGCGCUGAGGAUCAAUGUUCUAGCAAAAGGGUACAGCGGAAUUUCCCUAGAAACCCUCCAGCAAGUUAUCGAAGCAUUUAAUGCAUCCUGCCUGCCUUACAUCCCCGAGAAAGGGACAGUCGGGGCCAGCGGAGACUUGGCUCCCCUCUCUCAUCUUGCUCUGGGAUUAAUCGGAGAAGGAAAGAUGUGGUCCCCAAAGAGUGGCUGGGCUGAUGCUAAAUACGUCCUGGAAGCCCAUGGUCUGAGACCAAUUACCUUGAAACCAAAAGAGGGUCUGGCCCUCAUCAACGGGACACAAAUGAUCACCUCGCUGGGAUGUGAAGCAGUUGAAAGAGCCAGUGCUAUCGCUAGGCAAGCAGACAUAGUCGCUGCCCUUACGCUUGAAGUCCUGAAGGGUACAACUAAGGCCUUUGAUACCGACAUCCACGCUGUGCGCCCACACAAAGGGCAGGCUGAAGUGGCAUUUCGAUUCAGGUCCCUCCUGGAUUCUGACCACCAUCCAUCAGAAAUAGCAGAGAGCCAUCGAUUUUGUGACCGAGUUCAGGACGCGUACACAAUGCGUUGUUGUCCUCAGGUCCAUGGAGUUGUAAACGAUACAAUCGCUUUCGUGAAGGACAUCAUGAUGACUGAAAUCAACAGUGCCACAGACAAUCCUAUGGUGUUUGCUGAAAGAGCAGAGACCAUUUCUGGAGGAAAUUUUCAUGGUGAAUAUCCUGCAAAGGCUUUGGACUACUUGGCAAUUGGUGUGCAUGAACUCGCUGCAAUUAGUGAAAGAAGGAUUGAGAGGCUCUGCAACCCCUCACUCAGUGAACUGCCUGCGUUUUUAGUCACUGAAGGAGGCCUGAACUCCGGCUUCAUGAUUGCACACUGCACAGCAGCUGCCCUGGUUUCGGAGAACAAAGCCUUGUGCCAUCCCUCCUCCGUGGAUUCUCUGUCCACCAGUGCUGCUACAGAGGACCACGUAUCCAUGGGAGGAUGGUCUGCGAGAAAAGCAUUGAGAGUCAUUGAGCACGUGGAACAAGUUCUGGCUAUCGAGCUGCUCGCUGCCUGCCAGGGCAUUGAAUUCCUACGCCCUCUGAGGACGACAACGCCAUUGGAGAAGGUCUACGACCUUGUGCGCUCAGUUGUGAGGCCUUGGAUGAAGGACCGCUUCAUGGCCCCGGACAUCGAAGCGGCUCACAGGCUGCUGGUGGAGCAGAAGGUGUGGGAAGUAGCUAAACCUUACAUUGAAAAGUACAGGAGAGAACACAUCCCUGAGUCAAGACCUGGUUCACCAACGGCCUUCUCCCUGGGAUCACUGGCAAAGAAAACACAUAUUGGCCACGACCACUCACAUCAGAAUGAACUUUAAUAGUUGCUCUCCUCGGGUACAGAGCAGAUCCUUUCCAGGACCUUCCCUGUGUAUGGCUGUUUCACCAAAAAUCAGAGCGGUUUCUUCGGAUGACCCAAAAGAACUGUUUGUCUCACUCAGGAGCACAUAGCAAUGGAAGAAAAAUGGCUCGCUAGUUUCUUCACAUGUGAAAGACAGCUCUGUCAUAAUAGUGUGGAUUUGACUGAACUGCCUGAGCUUUUGAAAACAAAAUAUUCAGACCUCUGCUGAAACCAGUGGAUGUUUUGUUCAGUGUCUCUUGCAUUUGUUCUGUCAGCUCUUUGCUUAUCUUCUCUUUAUGUGUGCCAAGGAUACUGAACAGCUGAGAUCUGUUAUUCUCACCUCUUUUUCCUUUUUCCUUUGGGUAACUGCUGCAGUACCCUUCAUUCUGCCACAUGCAAAAUUAUCUCUGACACUUAAUUCUUCUCUCUCGCUCCUCCAGCACUGUGCAGAUUUUACGUGAGGUAUACAAAUUCUUGUGUAAUGAGAGCAGUUUUAGAACAGGUGCUUCACAAAUCAAAAAAGCUGUGUGCAAAAGAACAUGCUAUGGGUAUCAUUGCUCCAGAACAAAUACAGUUGUGUUCUGAUGAUGGACUACAUUUAAAGCAGCUUUCCAAGACCUAUGGGCUCACAUCUGCAAUAAAAGUAGAGAGGCUUCAUAUACA